AUGGCCAACUCCCGGUUCGAGUACGUGCGCAACUUUGAACUGCCGGACCAGGUCCUUCUUAACACAUGGAUUGUCGUGCGCGUGGACGGUCGAGGAUUCCACAAGUUCACCGACACCCAUGGCUAUGCGAAACCGAACGAUGCCCGCGGGUUGCACCUCAUGAAUCGCUGUGCCAAGGCGGUCAUGCAAGAGUUUGGGGACAUCUUUCUUGCCUACGGUCAAAGCGACGAAUACAGCCUCGUGUUCACGAAGACGACGAACGUGUACAACCGACGGUCGACGAAACUUGCGUCCACGGUCGGGUCACUCUUCACAUCGGCGUUUGUAUUUCACUGGCCCGAGUACUUCAAGUCGACCCCACUGACGUACCCGCCAUCGUUUGACGCCCGUGUCGUGAGCUACCCGUCCAUCAAGAACAUGCGCGACUACUUGAGCUGGCGUCACGUCGACUGCCACAUCAACAACUUGUACAAUACAUGCUUUUGGUCCCUCGUACACACCGGCGAAUCCACGCCCCAGGACGCGGAAGCGCUGCUCCGACACACGGACGCCAAGGCCAAGCACGAGCUGCUCUUCUCCCAGUUCCAAGUCAACUACAACGACAUCUCCCCCAUGUUCAAGCGCGGAUCCACGCUCUUCCGCACGCCCGACAAGAGCAUCGCCAUCGCGCACGUCGACUUGAUCAAAGACGAAACCUUCUGGAUCACCCACAUACCCCUCUUGACCCCGCGGCAAGAUGACCACUAG